AUGAGGCAUACCUCGAUCGUUUUCGCCGCCACACUUACCACCAGCUGCUUCGCAGAUACUUCCCCAGUGACACCCAUACCUCCUUCAGGUGGUGUCACCCUCUCAGUUAACACUUCUUUUUCUGCCACCACCGCCACAUCUUUUAUUACGGUCACUAAUUCUUCGUCCUCCUGGUUUGCUGGAUACUCUUCUUCUGUCGCCGCAUCAUCAAAUGGCUCGUCCCCCUCUGCCGUUGUCUCGUUUCUUACCGAAGGCUUGUCCUCUACCGUUAAUGCAUCUUCUACUGAAGGCUUGCUCUCUGGCGUAUCUUCUGCUGGAAAUUAUUCCUCUGUGGCUGCGACAUCUGUGGAAGUCGCGUCUGUCACCGCAACUCCCUAUGUUACUGCCGUAUCUUCUAAUGAUGUUCUUUCAGCUGAAGAUUCUUCAUCUGCCGAAACUUCAUCUGCUGAGGGUUCUCUCCCUCUCACCGUCGUUCCCUCCACGAAAGGCUCGAACUUUGUGUCUUUCACAUCUCCUGGCACUGCUUCCUCUUCUAACAACGUUAUAAUUUCUGCCAAUGUCUCUUCCGCUGCCGCUGUCACCUCUACUGGAAUUUCUAUUUCUGCCUCAGUCGGAUUAUCUGCUGAAAGCUUCUCUUCCGUUACAGGCGCACCUUCUACUAAAGGCAAUUCCUCCGUUUCAAAUGCAUUCCCUACCACCUUUACAUCUUCUGCUAACGACUAUUCCACUUUCGUGGCAGUCUCUUCUGUCCAACGGGUUUCCCCUGUCACGUUAGCCUCUUCAGCCGAAGUAUCAUCCACUGAAAGUUCUUUAUCCGCCACUUUCGCAACUUCUACCACAACAUCUCUUUCAGUAAAUAUCUCUUCUUUGGCUGAGAUGUCUACCCCCAGUGCUAUCGUCACCCCUUCACAGGCAUCUGCUAAAUCUAUCGCUUCUGGUAAUGUCCGUGCCCUCUGGGAGACUCGGACUCUUCCCGAGAUCAGCUGUUCUGCCCCAGUUCAGACCGUUUUCAGCGAUUGGAUCAGUGCAAUUGGUAAAGCAGCUGACUCGGUGAAUACACAUGUAAGAGAAGGCGUCCUACCCAGCGCCGCUGCCGCCGUGGGUUCCCUGGUCUGUGAGUUCAGAAAUGUCCCUGGUAAUGCAACUAAGUUCAAUGCUCAUGAUAAUUUAGCUGCAUAUAGUGCCGUCAAUGCCCGUGUUGCAAUUGCUUUGGCUGAGCUGUCUACAAAGGUUGAUACACUUCAUGAGGGCACUGAUCCAGCUCGUCUGCAAGCUCGUGCUCUUGUUACCCUCCAGAACUAUGUUCAGAACUAUAUCUCUGGUGCUCUUAGCUUUGAGAUGGUGAUGUCCGCAGCUGUUGAGUUUGACACUACCUGCUCAGAUCGUAUUAGCUUCAGCUCGGAUGUUGACGUUAUGAGCUCUGCUUUCAAUAUUGCUGGUUUGGUCUUCUCUCUAUAUAUCUACGAGAUGACUGCACCAACACUCUGCACUUCUCAAUUGAUUCCUACCAGCGCCUCUGCGAACGCACCAACAGUCUGCAGCAAGACCGAGAGCGCCGUUACUACAGUCGUUACUGCAUACACGACUUAUUGCCCUGAGCCUACCACAAUAUGCCACAAUGGUUUUUGUCAUACUGUCACAAAAGCCACUACUCUGACCAUCACUGACUGUCCCUGCACAAUAACCUCCAUACCUCUUGUCGUUCCGACUGCCAAGCCUGGUUCCAAGACUACCUCCACAAAGCCCGUGGCCCCCGUUUCUGAGUCACCUGAUGUUGUUUCCACUCUCGUCGUUUCUGAUAAUGUUGUCCCCGCUAACGGUGCCAUUAGUUUCAGCACCAGCAUGUUUUUGACUGUUAUUGGUGUGCUUGCUGCUUUGUUCUAA